AUGAAUAGCAAUACAGCUCAAUUGGAGGAUUAUUAUGUAACUCCAAAAGAGAUUGCUGAUGCUUUAAAAGUAAAAGAUCUUCCUAAUUUAAUUCGAGGUUUAUCCAAAUUAAGAUCACAACUUUCAAUUGCAGUUAAAAUUCGAGUAGAUCCUACCGAAAAAUAUACAAGACCUCUCGUUGAAUAUUGUCAAUCAUGUACAGAUAGUCAAGAUCUUAAUAAUUUAUGGGAUUAUCAAGCUUCCUCUAAUUUACAGGAUUUAGAAUGCAUGUUACCCGACAUUAUAGGAUUAUUCAUAAAACUCUGCACAACGCCUGUUAUCCGUUCUUACGGUAUCCAACUGAUUCAAACCAUUUUACAAAGACAAAUGAAGUACAUUUAUCGCGGCAUCUCUUCCUUACGUAUUCCUCAUUGUCAAUCCACCUUCCGUUUAUUGACUUCAAUAGUAUCUUUUAAUGAAUCAACAGCAAGGGAUCUAUUCACAGUAUUUAAUUUCCAAGCUGAAGGCUUUUUAAGAGCUUCAAGAUACCGACAAAACAAAAAAAAUAAAAAACCUCAAAGCUAUAUAUAUGAUUUAAGGACCAAUUAUGUCCAAUUCGUCCUAGCAUUUUUUAAAUAUGGUGACUCGGAAUUAAAAAAGCAAGUGCUAAGUGUAAAAAGUCUUUUAUUGGAGCAAAUUCUCGCAGUCAUGUAUGAAAAUUUGAUUUUGGAUAAUAAUGUGCCUAGAAGCAACAAAGUAUUCUUCUUUUCAUCUUAUAUCUUGGAAAAAAUUGCUAAAAUUUACUCACGAACUGAAGAAGAAGAGACGAAUAAGGGAGAAGCAGGUAUUCCUGCCGAUUUGAUCCACCAUUUUUUGAUUUCAAUCUGUAGUGUGCCUAAUGUUGGUGUUUGCUUCCGUGAUACAUCAUGGUAUAAUGCUCAGUUAAAUCCCGACGAGACUAUAUCAUCUAAUGGCAAGAGUCCGCAUAUUAUGAAUCAAGUAUUAGCCAAAUUUAUUAAAACACUUAAGCCUUCAGAUGAUAUGCGUCAACAGGAGCUUGUUUUGAAAAUUUUAAAAGCGUGUCCUGAACUUGUUCAAGUAUUUUGGAACAAUACAGUUCUAAUGCUUGAACCACGUAUUUCAAGUAAAUGGCUGGCUAAUAUGACUGUUUUACAGAAAAUUAUUCAAUUGCCUGUUCCAUCUUUAUAUUAUGGAUCAACAGAGCUUUAUCCAGCAGAGCCUCCCAGUCCAGAGACAAUCCUCGACAAUAUUUUACCAAAUGUUUUUAAUCGUUCAGCUUCUAGUAAAGGACUUCAACAUGCUAGCCCUCUUGUUAGAUAUACAACUAUGCUUGUUUUAUCUGCUGCUUUCCAAAAAUAUGAUAAAGUAGCUCAAUCUAUUAAAAAUGUCAUUAUGUCUCUUGAAAAUUUGGAAAUGGAACAAAAUCGAGUAAAUAAUACAUCUAAUGAAGAUCAGAAUAAACCAUUUGAAAAUUGGAAGCGAUGUCUUGAAAAUGUUCGUGAAGGAUUACGUCGUCGAGUUCCCGAUAUUUUAAUCUUAGUUGCACUACAUAAACGUACAACAAAUAUUACUGUUUUGGAGGGUAUGGAUGAGGAAGAAAUAAAAUGUCAAAAUCAAUUAUUACAAGAUACUGCUUUUAGAAUUAUUCGCUACUAUCAAGAAUUUAUACCAGAAACAUUAAUGGAAUCAAAUAUUGAUCCAGGAAACUUUAUUCCUUCUGAUAUUUUGAAUGUAAAGCCUGGAACUUUAAUUCAUAUUUUGACUCUAUUCUUGAACAUGCCAAACUUUAAUUGGACUAACAAAUCAUCUGGAUCAUCUGUUUCACAUAUUACAACGUUACUAACUUUGUAUAUGCAAACACCUUAUAAAUAUAUUCGUGAAUUGACUGGCAAAUUACUGAAUCAAACUUUAUCUGGCUCAUUUAUGUUUGUUCAUGAUCCUGAUGAAGUAAAGCUUUGGCUGAUGGCUUUACCCCGGAACUUUUCUUCAACAUCUAACAAUUUAAUCAUGUCGGAAACGCAGCAAGCUAUUCUUCAGUUCUUGGAUAAUUGUAUUAAUAGAUUUAUAAAGGCCCAAUACAAGUAUACAGAUCAAUUGGUAGAGCUUGUUAAUACAGUAAAUUCGAAUAUUAUUUCGAAGGAGAGUAAUAAUGCUUUAAUGCGUGCUUUGAUUGUAUCCAGUACAACUUCUGAUGCUACAACAGAUUACAAACAUCCUUUCAGUCCACUUUUAUUAACAUUAUGUGAGAAUUUAAAUUUUAUCAAAGCAGAAAGACGACCAGCUGUAUUAUACUUGACAAAUUUAAUUUCAUUGUUACUUACAAAACAGAACAUUCCCUUUUAUCUUCAAGCCAUAUGUGCAAAAUUAGAUAAUGAAGUUGAUGAUUCCAUAAAGAUACUUCCUUACGAUGUAAGCGAAUGGAGCAAAAAUGAAAUGAUCCAUCAAGCAAGAUUAUGUUUGGGUCAAGAAGCAUUAGAUUCUACUUCAAGCAAUACCAGUCAUAAAAAUAUCGAAAACAAAUUAGUUUCAUUGAUUAAACAAAAUGACAUUAAGGAUAUCAAUGAAUGUAAAAACGAAUUUCUCUAUAUUUUGAACCAACUACCUGUUAAAGUAUUUCAUCAACAUUUAGAAAAUAUAGCAGCAUUUUGUAGCCAACAGUUAAAUUGGACUUUAUAUGAACCACUUGUAGACUAUAUUCAUACUCGACAUCCUUUAUCAGGAAGUAUUUUUUCGUAUAAUGAUGUGGCUCAUAUGAAGUCAUUAAUCUCUACGGAACAUGAGCAUACGUUAUCAUUAUUAAAGCAAAUUCCUUUUAAUGUUCUAUUUUACAAUACAGUUAUUUUUAAAAAGUAUGACCAGGAAAUUUCCAUGAUCUUAUUGAAGCAUGCACUUGACACAAUGAGGUCUAGCGAGUUGAUGAAUGCAACAUCAUUUAUCUUUCAACAUUUGAAUACGAUUUUGACGAGCACCAGCAAUAAUGAUCAGAGCUUGGAUGCACUGAAAUUUUGCUUCACCCUUUUAAGCCAUAUUGUAAAUUUAAUGAAUCAAAUUCAAGAUAUUAAGCUACGUUCAGAACUAAAUACCUUUAUCUUUAAUCAUCCAACUCUAAGAUACCUUAUAUCCGAAAUCACAAGAGACAUUCGAUCUUUCGAGAAUAUAGACACUUUCCCUACUAAAAUUAGUUCAACAUAUCUUCAAUUGACUAUUUUAUUUAUCAACAUUUUUGGAAAAGGGUCUAAUGGACAAACAUUAUUAGACUGUAUAAUUCGAGUUGAUUUUGAUGGUCUUCAUAGAUAUUGUGAAGAAGUCUUGAAAAGCAACCAUAUUAACGAAAUUAUGAAAAAAUUGUUAAUUAUACUUGUAGAAUAUGUGUAUAACUCCAGCACAACCGAGAAUUAUACUAUUCCUUUCAAAGCAUUCGAAAUUAUUACACACCUUUGGAAGUUAGGCACAACUGAAGAAUUUCAUUUAGAAGUGUUAUCCUUAUUAGAAUUAAGCAUGUCUCGAGAACAAUUAGCGACCAAGAAUGAAGUUGAACAUAAUGCCAUUCAUGUGCUUUUAGAUGCAUGUUGUGAGCCUAUCAUUAAGUAUAUUUUGGCUGGUAACAAAUGCUCAAUUGAUCUAGACGCUCUUCGUACAUCCUGUGUUGCAUCUUCUAUAGAAGUCGCUUCAAUAGUUCUUAGCUAUAUCAACAAGCAAUGUCCGUUAACACCUAACCUUGUAGAUAUUAUACAUAUUGGUUAUGAUCUUUUAUUGGACAAAAUGGACGACCGAAAUGAAUAUCUUACAAGAGUGAUUGAAUAUCUCCUGAAACAAUUGACUUUAGCAGCUGAUGUCAAUACAUUAUCUGUAGAAAUGCCAGAGGAUGCAUUUUUUGACAAAUUUGUUCAAUUUUUCAAAGCCAUCCCCGAAAAUUUCGACUGGUCUAAUUAUGUAAACCUGGAAAUUGUACGUGAUUUUAUAUUAACAACGUUAAUGGAUGCCAUCUCUAAUGCUGCAGCCAUUCGCUUUGUGAGCACAUUAGUUGAACGUAUCUAUGAUGGCUAUGAGAAGCUUGAACCUAUAGAAACUUAUCUUCGUCGUAUUCUGGAUCAUGAUCAAUAUCAAAGUUUAACUUCACCUGAUGUAGCUAAAUUGCUUGCACAUCAAAUACCAGCCAAUGAUGAACAACGUUUUGCAAUUAUACAAUUAGUUUAUAUCUUAAACAGAAUACAACCUGCGAUUUUGGGUAAAAACCAUGGUUUACUUGAUCCUCUUCUAACUAGCUAUAGUGCAACUAUAACAACUACUGAUAAGCUUAUCCUUCAUAUUUUGAUGACUUGUGAAAAGCAAGGUCAUGAAACAAUCCUUCCUAAAUUACUCAUGUGGGGGCCAGGCUCUGAUCGUACACGUCAAGCACAUGCACAAGCAGGUACUCUACUACAAAUUAGUACUAUUUCUAUUGAAACAUUUAGUUUAAUUGAUCCUGCCUUGAUGAAAUAUACCUUCACUCAUUUCCCUGCUGAGCGUACACUUGAGAUGGAUGCUGAUUUUACCGAUCAUUCUUCCUCUGUCGUUUAUGAUCCUUCAUUUUUCUUUCCAUUAUUUGCAAAUAUGAUAUCCUCUGGCGCGAUUGAAUGUCGUAAGUUUAUCGAAUGUAAUGGAUUAGGGUUUGUCAUUGUAGGAAUGUCAUCCACAAAUGAUAUGAUUCGACAUAUUGCUUAUCAAAUGAUGGACCAAUUUUAUGUCAUGAUACAGCACGCACGCUUUAAAGAGCAACCUUCUAUCUUAUUUGUUUUGGAUAUCUUUAAGAAUUCUAUUCAUGACCGCUCUAACAAUGAUGUACCUCCUCGUAUUCCCGCUGCUAUCAGUGUCUGUAUUGCGCAUGCAAUGUCUAUCUUACUUCAUCCUGAACACUAUAUGCAUCCUCAUAUUACCAAUUGGAUUAUGCAAAGCUCAACCUUUGAUUUCAAUUAUGUUCCAAUGUUUAACUCCUUAUUUAAUUCAACUUCACCCAAUCAUAAAAAGGAGCGUCUUUGGCUACUUUAUGUGCUAUCAUCAUCUAUAAAAACAUUUGAAGACUAUAAAAUAUUUUCAAGACAAAGUAUUUUUGAUCUAAUUGCUGUAUUUUAUAACUCUUCAUGUGCUGACAAAUUAAGUAAAAAAGUGAUUAUUGAGAUUAUGGAACAAGCAACAGCCAUUCCCAGUGUUACAUCUAACUUAAUACAAUAUAAUGGAUUACUAGCCUGGAUACAUCAAGCAAUGGCUUUUGCCUCAGAUGACGAAGAAUUUAAAGCAUGGGAAGGCAUAUUAAAAUCAACAAUGGAUAGUGUUCAUAGAAUUGAAAGAGUACCUGAAAAAGUAAAGUCAAUAUUAUCUGAUGAAGCUCUUGUAUUAUCAGAAUUAAGAUAA